UAUAUCCGAUUGAGGAUCUGUCCUAAAUCCCUUCCGCUUGCCUGAUUUUGAGCCGAAGAUACAGUGUCUGUGUGUGAGAGAGAGAACGUAAAAUGGCGGAAUCCUCCGUUCGGAGGGUGAAAAUGAAGGACAAAGCGCCGGCACAAGACAACGGUGGAGAAAUCAGCCUCGAUAGACUAUCGUCGGAAGUUCUCGCAACAAUUAUGACCAAACUUGAUGUUUCUUCGAUAUGCGCCAUCUCCGUCACUUGCAAAAGCUUUCGUGUUUGCUCUCAAGAGAUCUUCAAAUUCCUUCCGAAUUUCCACCUCCUCGAAAUUGCCGCACCGAUUGAUCGAUUACGGCGAUUGUUGCUGCCCAACGCUUCGCUGCGAAGCCUAAAGCUAGAUUGCAGGAGGAUGAAUGAAUCUUCGAUCGAUUAUCUUCUUCAGCCUGGCUUGCUUGAACUGUCGCUUCGGAAUUGCUUCAGAUUUAGCGGGAGGCUUCUUGCUGAGGUCGGAGCACGGUGCAAAGACUUAAGGUCUCUGUUUGUGAGUUCUGUGGCUGAUAAUCGAGGACAAUUACAUGAUGUCUGUGAUCUAGAGGGGUUACUCAGGGGUUGCACUCAAUUGGAAGAACUUGUCUUGAUGUUUGAUGUCUCGAUAUUCCGUCGUCCUGAUUUUGCUCGUGUCUGGAAUUUGGCUUCUGCAAAACUCACUUGUCUUCAGUUUGGCUACAUAACUCAAUUGAUGGUUACGGAGCUGCUGAGUCCAACUGUAGCACCGAAUCAGUCACCAAAUCAUAUUGUCCCUCCCGUAUUUCCUAAUAUCCAGAAACUUGGCCUCUCUGUGGACUACAUUUCUAACACCAUGAUCAGCAUAAUAUCACAUAAUCUGAUCCAUUUAACCCAUUUGGAUCUUCGAGAUCAACCCAUCAUUGAACCUGGAGUUGCAUUUGACCUUACUGACGAAGGUCUUCAGCUGAUUAACCAACAUGGGAGAUUAAAACACCUUUCACUUAUUCGUAGCCAGGAGUUUAAUCCAACAUUCUUCAGAAGAGUUACUGAUCAAGGCAUCCUCUUCAUGGCUGACAGAUGUACAAAUAUGGAAGCCAUAUGUCUUGGUGGUUUUUGUCAGGUCACAGAUACCGGGUUCAAAACGCUCCUACAUGCUUGCACAAACCUAUACAAGCUAAAGGUUUUCAAUGGCACCCGAAUGACCGAUCUCGUGUUCCUUGACAUGUAUGCGACUUCCCUGGCUCUGACCCUGGUAAGCUUAAGAUGCUGUAACCUCUUAACGGAUUCCGCUGUGCUGCAAUUGGCGUUAAAUAUGGAUCUCAUCAUGCUUGACUUCCGAGAUUCUAGAAAUAUUGGUGAUAAAGCCCUUCAAGCCAUCAGCAAACUUCCAAAACUGAGAACUUUGCUAUUAGAUGGAACAGAUGUAAGCGAUGUGGGCUUGUCAUACUUGAGAAAGGGUGCAAAAAGCAGUCUUGUUAAAUUAUCCAUCAGAGGGUGCAAGAGGCUCACAUGCAAGUGCAUUUCUUCUCUUUUCAACGGUGGGUCCAACAGAGAAUUACGUGAAUUGGACUUGUCUAAUCUGUCUGACCUCACCAAUGCUGGCGUGCUUUUGCUUGUAAAGAACCGGAUUCCGCUUGUUGACCUCCGAAUGCGACAUUGUCCUCUUAUUGGUGACAUGUCGGUGAUGGCAUUAGCAUCAAUGACCAUGGCUGAUGGGGACAGGUGGCAUGGUAGUAGCUUGAGAUCGUUGGAUAUAUUCAACUGUGGUGGGAUUUCCAAACUCUCUUUCCAGUGGCUUAAGAGGCCUUAUUUCCCUGGUUUGAGGUGGUUGGGAGUGGCUGGAUCCCUGAACCAUGAGUUAGUCGACUCAUUGGCAGUUGAUAGACCGUUCUUGCACUUGAUGACUCGUGGGGAGGAGCUCGGGACUGAUAAGUGGGAUAAUUUGGAUGAUAUUUACAUGCAUGAUUUUGAUGAAGUUGAUGAACUCGAGCAAUGGAUAUCUCAAGAAGAUGAAAACAUGACUGAUGAUGAUACUGGCGAUGAUCUUGAUGAUGAUGAUGAUGAUGAUACUAGCGAUGAUCUUGAUGAUGAUGAUGAUGAAGAUGAU